GAAGGAUAUUUUUUAAGGUAAAACCAGUCAGGAUGCAUCAUCUAGCCACCCUUGUGCUGUUGUGCCUGCCAGUCUGUUCAGCUUAUCCUCUGCAUGGGACAGUGAGACAAGAGGACCCAAGCGUGGAUCUUGCUCAGCAAGAAAUGCAGAAGUUCCUGGGGUUGAAGGUGACGGGGAAGCUGGACUCCAGCACCGUGGAGGUGAUGCACAAGCCCAGGUGUGGCGUUCCUGACGUUGGUGGCUUCUCUACCUUUCCCGGCACGCCAAAGUGGAGGAAAAACAAACUCACAUACAGGAUUGUGAACUACACUCUGGAUUUACCAAGGGAGGCUGUAGAUUCCGCCAUUGAAAAAGCUCUGAAAGUCUGGGAGGAGGUGACGCCGCUCUCGUUCUCCAGGAUCUAUGAAGGAGAGGCUGACAUCAUGGUCUCCUUUGAGGUUGGAGCACAUGGAGACUUUCAUUAUUUUGAUGGACCGGGACACAUUUUGGCUCACGCCUAUCCACCUGGGCCUGGAUUUUAUGGAGAUGUUCACUUUGACGAUGAUGAAAAAUGGACACAGGGUACAUCAGGGACCAAUUUAUUCCUGGUUGCUGCUCAUGAAUUUGGCCACUCUCUGGGUCUCUUCCACUCUGACAACCCUGAAGCUUUGAUGUAUCCAGUCUACAAGUUCUCCACAAACCCAGCCCAGUUGCUACUUUCUCAGGAUGAUAUCGCUGGCAUUCAGUCCCUCUAUGGACCCCCUCCUCCCUCCCCUGAUGUCCUCAUGGUGCCCAUGUCAUCUGUCCCCCCAAGAAGACCUGAAAUGCCAGCCAAGUGUGAUCCCACUUUGUCCUUCGACGCAAUCAGCACCCUGAGGGGAGAGCUCCUGUUCUUCAAAGACAGGUACUUCUGGCGAAAAGUCCACUGGAAUUCCCAGCCUGAACUUCACUUGAUUUCAGUGUUUUGGCCAUCUCUCCCAUCAGACUUGGAUGCUGCCUAUGAAGCUCAUAGCAGGGAUACUGUUUUUAUGUUUAAAGGAAACAAGGUCUGGGCAGUCCGUGGAAAUGAGGUCCAAGCAGGUUAUCCAAAAGAUAUCCACACUCUCGGGUUUCCUCCCACUGUGAAGAAAAUUGACGCAGCCAUUUCUGAUAAGGAGACGAAGAAGACUUUCUUCUUUGUAGACAACAAGUACUGGAGAUUUGAUGAAAUGAAGCAGUCUAUGGAUAGAGGCUUUCCAAGGCUGAUAGCUGAUGACUUUCCAGGAGUUGAACCACAAGUCGAUGCUGUGUUACAGGAAUUUGGGUUUCUCUAUUUCUUCCACGGGUCACUGCAGUUCGAGUUUGACCCUAACGCCAGGAAGGUGACCCACAUACUGAAGAGUAACAGCUGGUUACUGUGCUGAUUGCAAUGAGAAGACAGAUAUGAACUCUGCAAAGUAGUCUAAUCAUUUUGCACUAAUUUAUCAUGUGUCUGGAUGAUUAAUUGUUCCUGCGUGUGCUGUGGGUCCAAGAGGAGCCCUGCAGACGUCAUUCUUAAUGUGCCACAGAGUGUUGUCCGAGCUGCUGCACUUGCUUCUGGGUUACAUUGCACAGCAGUGAGAAAUAUUCAUUGCAGUAGGUGAGGGGAUGCAGCCCGGUGGGUGUUUUAUUAUUGAAUA